AUGGAUGCCACAGAGUUUCGGAAAAGAGGAAAAGAAAUGGUGGAUUACAUUGCAGAUUACAUUGAGAAGAUAGAGGAGCGACAGGUCUAUCCUGAUGUAGAGCCAGGUUACUUAAGAGCCCUCAUUCCAGAAUUUGCUCCUGAAAAACCUGAGAGAUUUGAAGACAUCCUUAAAGAUGUUGAAAGGAUAAUUAUGCCUGGGGUCACUCAUUGGCACAGUCCCUACUUCUUUGCCUAUUUUCCUACUGCCAACUCUUUCCCGGCUCUUUUGGCUGAUAUGUUAUCUGGGGGCAUAGGAUGCAUUGGAUUUUCAUGGGCUUCAAGCCCAGCUUGUACCGAAUUGGAAACAGUAAUGCUGGAUUGGCUAGGAAAGAUGAUCAAUUUGCCUCCACAAUUUCUGGCUGGGAAGGAUGGAGAAGGAGGUGGGGUAAUCCAGGGAACUGCCAGUGAAGCUACCUUGGUUGCCCUGCUGGCAGCUCGAACCAAAGCAAUCCAUCAUGUUCAGUUAGACAAUGAAAAUCUGACUCAGGGAGAAAUCAUUGGUCGACUGAUAGCUUAUACUUCUGAUCAAGCUCAUUCAUCAGUUGAAAAAGAUGUCUUGAUUGCGGGAGUGAAAAUUAAACAAGUUUCCACAGAUGACUCAUUUUCUGUACGUGGGCCAACUCUAAGAAAAGUUAUAGAUGCAGAUAAAGCUGCUGGUCUUAUCCCAUUCUUUUUGUGUGCAACUCUUGGAACUACAACAUGCUGCUCCUUUGACAAUCUGCUAGAACUGGGUCCCAUUUGUAAUGAGGAGAAUAUUUGGAUGCAUAUUGAUGCAGCCUAUGCUGGGAGUGCUUUCAUCUGCCCUGAAUUUCGUUACCUUCUCAAUGGAGUAGAGUAUGCAGAUUCAUUCAACUUCAACCCUCAUAAGUGGCUCCUGGUCAACUUUGAUUGUUCUACUAUGUGGGUGAAGAAGAGAUCGGAUUUAACGUGUGCCUUUAAAAUAGAUCCUGUUUACUUGAAGCAUGAUCAUGAUGAAUCUGGAUGCAUUACAGAUUACAGGCACUGGCAGAUUCCUUUAGGUAGAAGAUUCCGUUCUUUGAAAAUGUGGUUUGUGUUCCGAAUGUAUGGUGUGAAUGGAUUACAAGAAUACAUCCGCAAGCAUGUUAGGAUAGCACAUGAAUUUAAGGACUUGGUGCUACAAGAUGAUCGAUUUGAAAUUUGUGCUGAUGUCAUACUGGGAUUAGUAUGCUUCCGAUUAAAGGGCAGCAAUGAACUUAAUGAAGUGCUUCUUAAAAACAUAAAUGAUGCCAGGAAGAUUCAUCUUGUUCCAUGUCAUCUGAGAGGAAAAUUUGUGCUGCGUUUUGCAAUUUGUGCCCGCACAGUGGAAUCCUCCCAUAUCCAGUUUGCCUGGAAGCACAUCACAACAAUGGCAAGUGUACUUCUGAAAACACAAAAACAGAGUACUGACUAAAAGA